AUGAAUGCAAGCAUUCUCACCAAGGCAGCGGCCCCGGGCCGUCUGUUGUCCAGCCGCAUCUCCCGGCAAUCCAAGCUCAAGGCCGCUGUCUGCAAGCGCGCCCCGAUUCACACCGUCACUUAUACCGUCAGACCCACGAAAUCCUCGGCCUCACGGGUGACAUGUCAACCCCCUUCAUCCAAACAUACAUUCCACACAACAUCCGGCAAUCUCGCUCCGAGCGAUCCCUACAAAACCCUUGGCGUCGACAAGUCUGCGUCCGCGGGCGACAUCAAGAAGGCAUACUAUGGCUUGGCAAAGAAAUACCAUCCCGACACGAACAAAGAUGCCGGCGCGAAGGAGAAGUUUGGCGAUAUUCAGAGCGCAUACGAAAUCCUGUCCGACCCAAAGAAAAAGCAGCAAUUCGACCAGUACGGCGCCGCUGGCUUCGACCCUAGCGGCGCGCCCGGCGGCGACCCGUUUGGAGGAGCAGGAAACCCGUUCGGUGGUGGGUUCGGCGGUCAGGGCGGCUUUGGCGGUGGCUUCAACUUCGACGACAUAUUUUCAGCGUUCACGGGCGGCCAAGGAUCGCCAUUCGGUCGCCGUGCCAGUGGCCGGAACCCCUUCCAGCAGGAAAUACUGGUUGGCGACAACAUCGAGGUGCAAUCGAGCAUAUCUUUCAUGGAGGCAGCCAAGGGAACCAGCAAGACCAUCACUGUGACGCCCCUGACCGAAUGCGGAACAUGUACGGGCAGCGGCCUGAAGCAGGGCACCAAGAGGUCGGAGUGCAAGUCCUGCAACGGAACGGGAACGCGGGUGCACUUCAUGAACGGCGGCUUCCAGAUGGCAUCGACGUGCGGAGCCUGCGGCGGAACGGGCACGACCAUCCCUCGGGGGUCGGAGUGCAGGUCCUGCGCGGGCAAUGGUGUCGUGAGGGAACGCAAGACCAUCACUGUCGACAUCCCGGCCGGCAUCGAGGAUGGGAUGAGACUGCGGGUUGACGGCGCGGGCGACGCGCCAGUCACGGGCAAGAACGCCGAGGCCAACGUGCGGACGCAGAAGGGCGACCUCUACGUCUUCGUGCGCGUUGCAUCAGACCCCAAGUUCCGCCGGGCAGGGUCCGAUAUCCUCUACACCGCGAGCAUACCCAUCACAACAGCCAUGCUUGGAGGAGAGGUCACGGUGCCUACGCUCGACGGGCAGGUCAAUGUUAAGGUCGCCACCGGCACUAACACGGGCGACAAGCUGACGCUGUCGGGUAUGGGCAUGAAGAAGCUCAACGGCAGGAGGGGCGGGUCCGGCGAUCUGAAGGUCGAGUUCAAGGUCAACAUGCCCAAGUACCUGAGCGCGAACCAGCGCACCCUGGUGGAAAUGCUGGCCAACGAGAUGGGAGACAAGACAGCGCGACGGAUCAUGAAUGUCACUCCCCAGGGUAGCACCCAGCCGGUGUCGCCAGACGACUCCGAAUCCCACAAGAACGAGGGCUUUCUCAAGUCCAUGUGGCACACCCUGACGAACCACCCGGCCCACCAGAAGCCCUCCGAGACGGAUGCGGACAAGUCGACGACGACGGACAAGAAGAGUGACGAGAAGAAGGAUGACACCAAGAACGGCUCCGGCUCGGCAUGA